CGAGGAGCGCAGGGCCGGCUCCACUUCCGCUUCCGGGUCGCUGCAAAAGCUCGGGGCGAAGUGAGGAGGGGGAGGAAAGAGUCGCUUGUAGCCGGAGCCGCCGCCAUCGUCCUCGCUAUGCCCAAAGGAGGUAGGAAAGGAGGCCACAAAGGCCGGGCACGGCAGUACACAAGCCCCGAGGAGAUUGACGCUCAGCUCCAAGCAGAGAAACAGAAGGCCAAGGAGGAGGAGGAAGCAGAGGAAGGCGGCGAUGGGGCAACAGGAGAACCCAAAAAGAAGGAGAAAUCGUUAGAUUCAGACGAGAGUGAAGAGGAGGAGGAGGACGAUGAAGACUACCAGCCAAAGCACAAAGGCGUGGAAGGCAUGAUAGACAUCGAGAAUCCCAACCGCGUUGCACAGACAGCCAAAAAAGUAACUCAGAUAGAUAUGGAGAGCCCCAGGGAAUUGUCGCGGAGAGAACGAGAAGAGAUUGAGAAACAGAAGGCGAAAGAGAGGUACAUGAAGAUGCACCUUGCCGGGAAGACAGAGCAGGCCAAGGCAGACCUCGCCCGACUAGCCAUCAUCCGGAAACAGAGGGAAGAGGCGGCCAAAAAGAAAGAGGAAGAAAGGAAAGCUAAAGACGAAGCAUCCUCAGCAGGCAAAAGACUGCAGUCCCUGUCCCUUAACAAGUAAGCGCCAGCCACAAGAGAGGAGGGAAUCUUCCCAGGAACUGUGCCUGGCUGGCGCCUGCUGGGCACACUUUGAGGCUUCACACACAGAGGGGGCGACGCCGCAGCGUGAAGAGCACGGCC